CACCUUGCUGCAACUGGACCCCUCGGGUCCUCCCCGCUCAGCCGCGUGGAAUUCUCUCCUGGGUCUUUAAGGGGUGGGGUCUGUCUGCUGCGUCAUUAUCGCGCGCCGCAGGCCCCGGUCUCCACGUGGGUUCGGUAGGGAAACUCGGGCAGAGGAUCAUGGCGGGAGCCGAGGCCCCGCAGCCGCAGAAGCGCUACUAUCGGCAACGUGCUCACUCCAACCCCAUGGCGGACCAUACGCUGCGCUACCCUGUGAAGCCAGAGGAGAUGGAUUGGUCUGAGCUAUAUCCAGAAUUCUUCCCUCCACUAACUCAAAAUCUGAGCCACGAUGACCCAAAGGAUAAGAAAGAAAAGAGAGCUCAGCCCCAAGUGGAGUUUGCAGACAUAGGCUGUGGCUAUGGUGGCCUGUUAGUGGAACUGUCACCACUGUUCCCAGACACGUUGAUUCUGGGUCUGGAGAUCCGGGUAAAGGUCUCAGACUAUGUCCAGGACCGGAUUCGAGCCCUACGAGCAGCUCCUAGAGGUGGCUUCCAGAACAUCGCCUGUCUCCGUAGCAAUGCUAUGAAACACCUUCCUAACUUCUUCUGCAAGGGCCAGCUGACAAAGAUGUUCUUCCUCUUCCCUGACCCACAUUUCAAGCGGACAAAGCACAAGUGGCGAAUCAUCAGUCCCACACUGCUAGCAGAAUAUGCCUACGUGCUGAGAGUUGGGGGGCUAGUAUAUACUAUAACCGAUGUGCUGGAGCUACAUGAAUGGAUGUGCACCCAUUUUGAAGGGCACCCCCUGUUUGAGCGCGUGCCUCUGGAGGAGCUGAGUGAAGACCCCAUUGUGAGACAUCUGGGCACCUCGACCGAGGAGGGGAAGAAAGUUCUACGCAAUGGAGGAAAGAAUUUCCCAGCCAUCUUCCGAAGAAUACAGGAUCCCACCCUCCAGGCGAUGACCCCCAAUCCUACCCCUCCUGGUCACUGACUGCUUACCUUGCUUUAUCUGGACUCCGUAUUCCAGGAACUAGAAAGAAGAUCAUCCCCCUGGACCUUCCCAGCUGAGACUGUUGAGGCUUAGCAGCAAUAGUCUCUCAAAGAAGUUGGGGAACUGCCCAGGGAAGAACCCUGGUUUUCACAACUACUCUUGCUUCCUCUUGCCAUCCUGACCCUCUAUUUCCUUCAGAAGGCAGGGGAAGCUGACUGGGAAGGUCAGAAGACCUUGGACCAGAAGGGAUGUUUGGGAGGGUGUGGGGUCUUGCUCACAUUAGCACUUCCUUCUCCCUCUGGGGUCUCUGUCUCGAGUGAGGAAUACAAUUCUCCACUGUCCAUCUAAACUGCCUGCUAGGCUCAAAUCACCUGUCUACUUGUGUGUCCUUUGUAGUCCUGGGAAUAACAUAUACAUG